AACCUGCCCAACUACGCAGGUUGUUUACAAAUGGCGGACACUGUGUUCUGAUUGUGUGUGACCAAACUUUCCAGUUAGAGAAUGGGUGUCAAAGAUUUUGAAUCUAUGUUUGACACGAUUGACAUCAGUAGAAAAGGAACAAUAACGGUAGAAGAACUUCGCCAGUUCUGUGAGCUCCUAUACUUUGCCCCAGUCUGCAUACAACAUGUGGAGGGGGCCGUCAAACAAGUGUGUGAAAAUCCAGCUGUUGUAAGGCGUAGAGAGUUUCUUGAUGUACUCACUGAUGUUGAGCGAAGACGUGCAGUUGAUGAGCAGGCUUUCUGGGAUUUUCAGGCAUUAGAUUACACUGGACAGAACAGAAUAACAUUACAGAAUGCGUUACUAUUGUUCAAAGAAUUUCAUGGUGAUGCAUUUUCUCUGGCAACAUGGAGGCGAUUUCUGUCGUCAAGGGAAAAUUCAGACAGUGACGUGUGUUUUGAUGAGAUCCGAUUCUGGCUGUGUUCCCCGCCUGUUGGUUCAGCAUGUCACGAAAACGAGUUUACUCAAGAAGAGCAACGGGUCAUCGACAAAAAAACUGAAAAUGGAAUGAAUGAAUUCAACAAUCUGAAGCAGGCACUGGGUGAAGACGCUGCAGCUGAGAGAAAUGACCAUGUAGAGCACCAGACUGCACAUGCACGGCGCAAGCUUAACAAGUGGAACAAACAAGGCCUUGAGGCCAUGUUGUUUGACGACGGUCUAGAUGUAGAUGACACAGAGGUGAAGGAUAAGCCCAAAAGUCAGGUCACCCUUGCUGACCUUAAUGAGCUUCUAGAUGUCAAGUAUGAAAAACUGAAGCAGAAACUAAUGAUGGAAAUGGCAAGACUUGCAUCAACUGUUGAUGAUGAAAUCCCUGAGGUUUACGAGCAAAUCAAGCUUCGACUCAAGCAGCUGGUGACACACGGACAAGAUGCGCAAGAUGUUGAUGACAUUCCUAGCGCCACCAUGCAGAUGCUUGCCUCACUCACGGGCCUCAUGGGAGAACUGCGCCUACAGGAUCGGGAACACCGCAGACAAAUUGAAGAGAUGAAAAAUAGGCUCAAGGACAAAGGGAAGUCAAUCCGGGAGAUUGGUUUAGCUGUGCAGGAGCGCUACGAACAGAUAAUUUCUGGCAAUUCCUCCUGUGCUGGUCUUCUCCAACAACUCCAUCGCCGUCACCAACAGGAGCGUGAGACCCUACUCACGACACUAAAAAUAGACACCAAUCAGCCGCUAGGGAAGGCUUUGAUCAUCGAGUACGUGAGAAUCAUGCGCCAGGUUGCAAUCAUUGAUGAGGAGUCAAAGUUCAUCCCCAUGGCAACCGCAGUUGGUCUUGCAGAACGAGCUGUAGAUCAGAAACCUGAAAGGGCUGACUGGGACAGAAGCCGCAGUGAGCGUCUGGCACAACUCCGUCUGGAGGACCACGUGGGCAAGCAGCUGGAGCAGACAGCACACGACCAGCCCAACGUGGAGGCUCUCGAGAAAAGCGAACUUGUUGACCUCCAGGUGACAGUAGCUAUGGAAAUGACACAGAAACAUUUCUACGAGAGAGAGAUGCUGAUCCACAUUUUGCUGGGGAAGGAUGCCAGAGACAGCAUUGACAAAGCCUGUAAACUGAAACCAGACGAGAGGAAAGUGCUGCUGAAGUCACUGCAGAGUCAGCACAAGAACUGGAAACUCAAUCCACAGGCUGACCCGGCUAUCUACAAGUCCAUCCUACUCCAAGCUCUCGGACUAAAGUGGGAGGAGAGGAAGGCAGAGCUAGAAUCAGGGGGUGUGGUCAAGCUGUCUCAGGAGGAGCUCCGUGAAAUCCUAUUUGCCGACCUUCAGCAGAAACAGGGCGGAGAUUUCGAAGGGGUGUUACAGGAGCUUCAAAACAUGACAACUAGACAACUUGUAAUUGCUGUCGGACGACAGUGUGAGGCAAGAAUCGCGGAACAUUUUGACAACAUUGCGUCAGUGCUCCUUGGCACCAUUGAGAUAAGUGAGGAGGAUGAAGAGUAUAUCAAGGCGCUGGAGCACAAGUAUGAUAUCCUGCGUAAGAGGAUCUUCCUCAUGGCACUCAAAGAUAAACUGGACUGGAAGAAUCUGUCUAAGGAGGAAAAGCAGUCAGCUCUCCGGGACAUCAUGAAGCAAGAGAAGAAGCUGAGAAGUGAAGGCAAGCUGCAAGAAAUGGGCGACCUUCUGGGACUAAAAGCAAGGGCAAAUACCUUGCCAGCGUUGAGAAGUCUGAUAGGUGAAGACAAGGCUGAGUACAGCAGACGCAAAAUGGCGGGAAAACAUGAGGAGAUCCCAGUGGAUGAGACAGAGGUGGUGAACAUUCUGGCUGACCUUGUGCCUCGCCAGGACCGGGAGCAGGAGUUCCUGUUGUCAUGGUUACACUCUCCCGAAGGCAAGGGCCUCAUCAUGCGCAUGAAACGUAUGAGGAUUGUUGAGAUCAAGGUGGAAGGCUGUCGUUUGGAGAUGGAAGAUGAGUUUGAAAUUGCUACACUCAGCACAGGCCUUAUGGAGAGAGUCAAGGACACACUCACCUCAAGACAUGAGAGUGACAAUGAGCGCCAGUCAGAGCUGGCCAGACGUCGUGUGCGUCAGAGGCGUCUGCGUCUGCAGCAGAAUGAGGAGUAUCGCCAGGACCCCACCAUCGCCAAGGACAAUGUGCCACAUGCAGGUGACAUCACAGGCCUACAGGUGGUCUACCUGCAUGAGAUGUUAAAGCGUCAUUGUGACGAACGCGAAACCCUGCUCAACCACCUGCAGGACGAGAGUCUCGAGGACGUGGUGGAGGCGGCUGCAACCAUGGACGACAGCGAGAGACAACGCAGGCUGGCAGAACUGCAGGCCAAACGGCAGAAUCUCAACCUCACCAUGCCUGAUGACAAGGAGGAGCAUGUGUCCAUCCUGGAGGAGUGUGCAGCCAUACGUGCUGUCAGUGUGAGAGAGGGGCUCGCCUCCAUUGGUCAAAAUGUCACCAUGGAGACGGUUGCCGUGGUGAUACUGGCUGAGCUGCAGGAGGAGCAGGACCGAGAGGUCGCCCUGACUUUGCAGAACAUCGAAAACAUGAAUGAGGAGGACAUUCGCACGUCUCUGAGUAGAGAGUUGAACAACCGUCGCCUGGGUAACACCUGGAACGUGAUCAGCGUGCUGACCCGAUACCAGGGGGAGGCAACUGACGAUCUGCUGCUCAAGGCUCUGGAGACAAAAUACACUCUCUUACGACAAAAGCUAUUGGUUGAUUGCUUGCGAAUUAGGAUGGGAACAGACCAAUGGGAGGCCUUGUCUCAAAACGAUAAGCAGCAAAAAGUGUUGAUCCUGGAUAAUCAAGCUGUGGAACAAAUCCAAAUAGGCAAGAUAAUGCCAUCUCUCUUAGGGGAGGGGUUUCACCUGCAAGAGACUGUCACCCAAAUGAUGGGGUUGUGUCAGCAUGUUUUCCGAAACAAGGUCAAGGGUCAACAAGUCAUAGGUAACCAUAGUAACCUGAGCAUGAGUGAAGACACGGGAGCAGUCAGUAAGAAAAGGGCCGGCCCUGAGAAUCCCCUGAAGUCCCUGAUAGCGAGGCUGGAGGAGGAACGACAUGCCCUCACACGACAACUCAGGGGCCAAGCAGAAGACCACUUCAGUGAGCAGAAGAGAUUGAUACAGCUAACCCGUUACCAUAGAGAAAUAGCACUGGCCAAUCAGGAUGAGAGCUUUGCUACCUUGGCAACCAUGGUCGCUCUGUGUGAGAGGCAGCAGGAGGAAAUCAAGUUCAGACUAGAACAUGACGUUGAGCGCUAUGGGAAGGUUGCAGCUAAGUGGAUACAAGAUAUCGAGCGAGGACGCCAACAUACACUGGAGACAGAGGCCCCGCAGUCACAUUCUGUCGUGGAACUUCUUGACCACAUGAUGUUAUUACUGGAGAAGAAGCACAUAAAGGAACGGGAGCUGUUUUGUCGUCUGCUGUCGAGCACAGACAAGAUGACUCAGCAGAAGACGGAGGCUGCCUCCACUAGCAGGCAGGACCGGCACAGGAAAAUGGCGGAACUGUACGAAACUAGACAGAAAUCUGUGAAAGAACGUGGCAUGGAGAACAUGGAAGUGUUAACAGAAGGGACAAUAUUGAAGAAGGAGGACCGUAGAUCAGACCUGUUUGGUCUAGAAGAGGGAGAUGAUGCGUUGUUGCGCCAAUCACUGAUGGCCAGCCUUCUGGAGUACCAGAACUCGGAGGCAGAAAGGCUUAUCUGCUACCUGGCUGGAAAGACGGAGGAAUCUAUCCAGUUAGAAGAGAAGAAGAUUCUCCAGGACACCAAAUCCAACAUGGCCGACAACAUUGCGUGCAUAGUGCUCUCUCUUGAUCCUAAGGAUAGCUCCAACACUGAUGACAUCAUUGAGGCCCUCGAAGGGAAAUAUGACGCACUCAGGGACAAACUGUUGGCCGAGGCCCUCAUGAAGGAGUUGGGAGAGUCAGAAUGGAAUAGACUGUCUGAGAAGGAACGACAGCGGAGAAUCCUGCAACUAAAGCUGAAAGAACGACAGCUGAGAAAGUCAGGGAAGAUAGAUGAGGCCAAUGCCUUGCUAGCUGAGCUUCUGAAGGACCAGGAACAUCUGCGUCAACUCAUGGGUGACACAGAGCAAGAGCAGCGGAAAAGACUUCAGGAACGUCUACGGAAAAGAAAAGAACGCCUCGCACAAGGAAUGACGGUAGCAGAGGUGGAUGCUUUGGAGAGAAAAGAGAUGGCUGAAGAGGAAAUGGAGGAUAAAUACAAGGAAAGGAACAUCAUGGAGGACCUUCAGAAUAGAUUUGAGCAGGAAAAGGAUGAAAUUCUUCGACAACUGCAAGCCGCAGGUGACCAACACGAGAGAGAGAGGGAGCGGCAGGCAUUGUUAGCGAGACUUCACCGAGACCAGAGACUGGCGGAAAAGGAGGGAAACUUUGACGCAGCCGCAUUGAUCCUGGGAUUGGCACAGCAAAUAGAGCAAGAUCUAAGGCGUCAGCAAGAUGAACAGCGAAAACAUCAAGAGCGCCUUGCAUUUGAACGCCUUGAGGCCGCUAGAAAACGAGGUCACAAGGUCAAGGUCACUGGAGAGGAUGCGGUUCCAGUCAAUGUUGAGGACCCACUGUCACUUCAAGACGCAAUCUCUAAAAAUCUGGAUCACCAGCAUGAACUGGAGAGACAGAUGUUCAUUCAGCUGCUGCAGGAAAGUCUUGCAAGUCCAUCCCGUCGAGCAGCGGAGAAAAUGUCGGACAUCGAGAGAGAUGACUGCAUGUUCGAGAUCAAUGAGCGCUAUAAGCACUGGAGCAACUCUGAAGAUCAUGAUCUGAAAGAGCAGAUAGAUCUUUUACGAGAUGCUAUUGGUGUAAUGCUGGAAAUCCUGCGUGCCCAGUCUGCCCUUGAAGGUCGUGACAUGAAAGAGGAUGACCUUCAGGUGACCUUGCUUGCUGACCUUCAAGAGAAGCAGCUCCAGGAGUCACAGAAUCUACUCAGCGGGUUGUCAAAUAAGGACUUGAAAGACCUUCAGCAUCUUCACAAACUGCUGUCAGCAAAGAAAGACACUGGUUGCUAUGACAACAUUGCCACAGUAUUGCUAGGUGACAGGCUAAAGAAGGAGGGUGAAGAUUCAUUAGAGGAGACAACUGAAGAGGCAGAAGUGAUCAGAGCACUGCAAGAAAAGUAUGAUGCAAUGAAAGACAAACUGAUGAUGGAGGCUCUCAUGAAAGAACUUGGGGAACAAGAGUGGGAUAGACUCAAUGAAACACAGCGGCAGAAAAAACUCAUUGAGCUAAAACUUAAGGAGAGGAAACUGCGCCGGGAAGGAAAGUUGGGUGAAAUUGCUCUGCUUAUUGGCAGCCAUCUUGAAAAUGAAAAAUUGCUAGAUGAGCUGAUGGUGGAGAAUGCCCGUCAGCAGAGGGAGCGGCACGAUAGGCGCCUGGCGCGGCGACGUCAGCUGGUUGCCGAGCGACAGGCCCAGGGUCUCGACACUGACGAGGACACGAUUAACGACAUCAUGGAGCAGGAGGAGGAGGAAGAAAAGAAGACAAGACGAAGGAACAUUCUAGACGAUCUUCAGAAGAAUUUUGACGAGGAGAAGCGCCACCUUCUGUUGAUGUUGUCUAAUCAGAAGAGCAAGGUGGAUCAAGAGAGAAUGCGUCAGAUUGAGCUUGCAAAACUGAAGCGCGAUGAACUGCGGUUGAAACGCGGUGACAAGUUAAAUGAUGUCAUCAUGAUCAUUCAGAACUUAAAGGAGUCGGACAAAAAACGGGAGCAAGUGAUUACAGCAGAGCGUGACAGACAGCGGGCCCUGGCCAAAGAGCGACUGGAGGAAAGGAAACGCAGAAAGGGACAGAAAACCCAGAAGGAUACAUUGAUGGGAGAGAGUCUGGACGAAGCUGAGGACAGGACUGUCCAGGAGGCGCUAUUGAUCACCCUGGAGACAAGACAUGAAGAUGAGAUGGACAUAAUGCUGGCCCUACUGGACACAGCAAGGGGGGACAAAUCUCUGGCCAAUGUACCGGAGGCGGAUGUGAAGCUUGAGUUGGCCAAGCUGGAGCAGGAACACCAGAAGUGGAGGAAGCAUUCCGCACAGCAACUAGCAGAGCUGGACGAGAGAAACAUGACCGCCCAGCAAAGUGAGCAACACAUGGCUGACGUGGCUAGCAACAAGUCAGACCAGCUCAAGAUUCUCUCUGAUGCCACUGGACACAGGCUAGAAGUCGAAAGACGGCUGCUGCAAGGUAGCCAGACUGACCUUGACCCCAGUGCACUGGAACAGGAAGUGGAAGUCACCAUAGUAACAGACCUGCAAGAAAAGCAGACGGCAGAGAACCGUGCUGUGCAGAAGCUUCUAGAAGACCAGGAUGAUGCAGUUCUACAAGAGGUCAAACAUAGUCUGCACAUCUUGAGUCGCGAGGGCUGGUAUGAUAAUCUGGCACACACCAUCUUCAAUCUCACCCACCCAGACUCGAGUCUGGAAGAGGAGGACGGGUUGGAGGAAAAGUUUGAGGAGAAACUUGCUGAGCUCGAGAAAGAAAUGGAGGCUGAGACCGAAAAUGCUAUUAAGUCAGCCAAAGCUCUUGGUGAGGACGUAGAUGUGGACGCCAUUCGUCGACAAAUCAUGGAGGAGUAUGAGAAAAUGAAGAAGAAAAUGCUAUCAGAGAAGGAGAGCCAGAAGGGGACCAUGCGGCGCAAGUUGGAGGCUCGGCGACUCAUCAAGGAGCAGCGGGACUGGGAGGGGUACGCGGCGCGCACCCUGCUGCGCCAGGCCAAGGAGAACGCCCGCACCAUCGAGGGUAAUGUGGCGACUGAGAAAGGCAGGCAAUCCAAUGCGUUGCAGCAAAAGUUGGCAGAACGCCGCGAGGCCAGACGUGAAGCACGGUCUGUGCGAGAUGCAAUGGCCAGGGACAGUGCGCUGGACACGCACGAUAACAAACGCAACGCUCCCAGCAGCAGAGGCAGCAAUGAGACCCCACUGCCGACAUUUAGCCUACGCCGUGAGAAGACAGUGGUUGACGUGGAGGUGACAGAUGAGCAGAAGCAGGCGCUCCUGUCCCAGGUCGUCCAGCAACAGAGGAACCUGCAGAACAAGAUCACAGAGCAGCAGCGCAGGCAGGAGGAAAUGCUUCGUCGUAGACUGGAUUCCAAGAAAGGCCGCCAGACAGAGGAGGCGGCAGAGCUUAUAAGCCUUGGAGAGCGACAGAAAACAACGCUUGAGAAGUCACAACAGGACGAGAAGGCUCGCCAGUUGCAGGUCAUACAGGAUCGCGUGAGAAGUCAGCGAGAAAAACGGGAACCAUCACCAGGACCAAACAAGCUGGGGACAAUAUAUGAGACUUAGUUAUAACACAAUCAGCCCACAUUGUAUACAGUAUUAAACAGCACAAUCAGUAGAUUUGACAUUCCCGUUGUGAAAGGAAUUUCUACACAACACACAGACCUCAUGGCCGAUGAAAAUGAUUCCGUCCAGAUUUAUAUGGAGUGGGCUUGUACAAUCAGCAUUGUUAAUGGACCUUUUUGUAAUAUUUUUUUAUAUAAAUUGUUAAACUUUUUGAGUUGCAUUUAAUAUUUUUGAUGUUCCUUUCGUGCUGUUAUUUGCAUUUACUACAAACUGCUAUGGUAUUUAAUGUUUCUAUGCAAAAUAUUUACAAUAUAUGCAUUUAAAUUGUUAGGUAAUUGGAUGUUUGGAUUCAAUAAUGUUUCAGAAAUUUAUUUUUGUGUACACUUUCAGUUAAAUAUUUUUUGUUUAUAUUUUCAAUUUAAAAUAAGAUACGCAAAUUUUCUUAUUGGUUGAUUGAACUUUAAAUAUCUUUUAUUUACAUGUAAAUGUACAAAAGAAUUACUUACCCAAGUAAUAAUUUAUUUGCUUGCAUAUGAUCAUAUUCCACUUCGCAAACAAUAAUUGAUUUAUUCACAGUUAGUUUUGGGGUGAAGCAUUAAAAAAAAUCUAUUUGUGAUAGAUUUUGUGAUAAUUUCAUUUAAUUAGUGCAGUUUUUUCAAUCGUACUUACUCUUAUCUACCUUGAGAGCUUAAGUUGUUUGAUUCAUGUUCAUAACAAAUAAUGGACAGUCAUAAUUUACUCAAUUUUUUGUAGAUUGUUCAACCUUUUAGCAAACAUAGAUUAAGUAAGAAUUGAGAAUACUGAGUGGCAUUCAAUUUUAACUGCAUAUAUUUCUGAAUGUGCCCUGAACAUUCUUGAUUUAUUCUGAUAUGUUUAUUUAAUUUACUUGUUAAACAUUUUUGUUUUUAAUUAUUUUAGACAUAUACUUUUCUUUUCUUUUUUAUUGAAUAUGCAUUUAAGAAUACAAUUAUUCAUUGGUUAAGUGAUCUUUUCAAAUGAAAAUGGUGUUUUUACAUAGCUUUUUCUUGGUACAUGGACAUACCAAUAAGAAAAUUUGAAAAACAUCAUAAUGAAAUGAGCAACCCUUUAUAUUAAAAAAACAGUUUGUGUUGAUAUUAUUUAGUUUCUGCCUUGUCUUGCUGUACUCUCUAAUGGGGAUGGCGGGCUUUUCAUUCUCCCAAGGAAGCAUUGAAUACGAAACCGCCUAUUUAGUAUUCAUCAAUUUUAAGCAAAAAAAAAUUAAAUUAUUUUAAUGAAAAGCAACAAAACAUCUAUAAUACCUAUAUGUUGAGUAUUAAGAUCAAUAAAAGCAUACAUGUGAAAGAAAAUGUAUUUUGAAUUGGUUUUUUUUGAGCAUAUGUUAGGGAAUAUGAUAUUUCUUACUGGUGUUAUAAAGAAAAAAACAGAGUUUUUAAAGACAUAUUUGUAUAAUUUAUAGUUUUGAAAACAUUGUGCCUAGUUCCUUUUUACUAAUUUUAAAUCUUCUAUUUUGCAUUUAUACAUAUUGUGUAGUGGGUAUUGGGGUUAAUUUUUUUCGAAUUUAUAUUAACAAUUGAAAAUAUUAUCUUGUUUUUCCUAAACUAAAAAAAAUGGUAACAUAUAAAUGAAAGAAAAUCCUGCACCUUAUAUUGUAAAAAACAAUAACACAGUUUUCUGUAUGUAUAUUGAAUUAAUAAUAACUAACUGUCAGUCUUUAUAUUUAUACAGUUAAUAAAAUAUAUGUAUACAUUUUAUAUUUAUGAUUACAUAUAUAACUCAAGAAACGUGUAUAUGGAAUGUCAGAGAUUUACUUUUGCUGUUACUAUCAUCAAGAAUUGAGUAUUUAUCUGGAAAUUUUGUUUUAUACCUGACAAUAUUUAGAGCUACAUAACUCCUUUUACUUAAAUAUGUGUAUACUAAAAACAGUUUUCUUUUAAAUGUAAAAUUCAUAACAAAUAAGAAAUUGUAAAAACAUAAUUAUUGAAAAAAAAUGCAUACAUGUACUGAUAUAAGAAUAAUAUUUAUAUGGCGUUUUUCUUUAAAGAUCAAAAUUUGCUCACAGCUGGACUGUGUUAUAUGUUGAGUUUUCUAUAUUUAUUUGAACUAAAAUUUACAUCCUUA